AUGGCGGAUGAAGACGAUCUCCUGGCCAAGGUCUACGGUCUGAGCGAUUUGGAACUAGCCGCCCUACUGUGCCUGGUCAAUCGAGAACACUGCAUCGUCAGCACCCCACCUGUGGCUCUUGGUGAGCUCGUAGAAGAGCUGCAGCUGAUCGCAACAAAGAUAUUUGGUUUGAAAUGCUCUGUGGUAGAAUGCACCCCGCAAACAACUUUAGAGGACUUUGCGUCCUCCAUUCUUACCCAGCAGUCUCCCAAAACCACAAGAUCAGUCUCGCCCUUACUCAACCGCAAUGACUCCUACUUUUCCCGUGCUGGGAUGUCACCCUUAACCUCCGUUACCACAUCUAGCCCAACUGGUCCAGGCGCCAACGGGUCCUCCAUCGCCAAUGUUAUCGUAGCUCGGAAUCUUGACCGCGCCUCGAAAGCUGUUCAGAUCCAGGUCCUUGAACUCCUGCGCACCCGCCGUAUUUUCACUCGAAGCUCAGUCCAGACAGCCCCUAAGCAGUUUCUCUUCGUUGCCGCUCUAGGUGCUGAAAGCGGCGGUCAAGCUCACGUCACGCUUCAUCUCAACGACUAUUUGUUUAUUGCUCAUUGGCAUGACCCGGACGAUGGCUUUCCCAACCUUGAUGAGGCGUACGAUGCCGCGGAUGGUGCGGAGACUGCCAGUACAGAGAGUGUACUGAAGAAAAGCAUCAACGGUGACUUUCUGCCAGUCAGCGAAGACCCUCUUUUCGACGAAGGUGAUAUCGCAGCUAUCGCGAAGCGUAGUCGGGAAGUGCAAAUCGACGUUGAUGUGCUUCGCUACCAGAUGAACAUCGUCUCAUAUUUGCGAAUGCACCGCGCCGUUGCUGGUGGCAUCGAGCCGACCGCGACGAAGCAUCUGGAACAGCUACUCAAGUGCCUUGCACCGUUGCACAAACUGGAUUUUGUCACGCCUGCUCUGGUGCACUUGGCCGUUAAGAAAGUCUACUUGCAUCGUAUUCGACUCACGCAUCCUCGACAGGAACGCAGCAUGCAGUGGGGAAGCCAGCUAGAAGCUAUCGAGGCUAUUCUCGAAGGUGUUGGCCCUGAGGAUGUUAUUGAGGACGUGCUGGGCAUGGUGGCAGCACCGCUUUGA